AUGGCAAACCUUAACUAUUGCAGAGUUUGUUUACAAAUUAAUGUUAAACUUUAUGUUAUGGAUUCCAAUUCCCUCGAACAAUGCUACGAAAUAUUGACUGGAAAUAUCGUGAAUAGGCCAGAGUUAUCUAAAUAUGCCUGUUAUGAGUGUGCAGCUCUCUUAAAGAAAUUUUAUAUGUUCAGACAGAGAGGUCUAAGAAGCCAGGUCAUACAAGAAAAUAUAUUUAAAACAUAUGGAAAGGUAACCACAGAUGAUAUAAACCAAAUUGACAGAAAAUCUUUAUUAUUAAUAUCAAAUCUAAGUAUAAGUGAAAUACAGGUGAAAUAUAGUGAUGGGAACUCAACUUAUACUGAUGAUAAAAAUGAGACUGAUGUGUUAAUAGAUGAACAAGAUUUUGAUUGGCCAAGCGAUGAGGAGUUAUAUAAGUUUAAGACUGAAAUAGAAGUUCCUAUAAAGGAGGAGAUAAAGCAGGAGUUGAUUACAAUUAAAGAGAAAAUUAAAAAGAAAAAGAAACUCCCACAAGAAAAAGUUAAAAAGAAAAGAAGCAAGCAAAAAGAGAAAAGGCUAAUAAGUGUGAAGAAGAGAAAGCCGGCCGCGGUAGACUGUAUUGACAAUGAGUGCUUUGUUAAACAUUUUGCAACUAUUCAUUUAACGACAGAAGAACAAUUCGAAGAGGUGAGAAGGCGGCAAGAAUCUAAAAACUAUCGGAAUUCAUUCUACAAAUGCGAUAUCUGCUUUAAAGGCUUCAUACACACUAAGGCUUGGGAGACUCAUAACAAGCAACAUCAAGAGGGUAAAGUCCAGUGCGAUAUCUGUAAGAUGCGGUUCCGCACGAAGCACAGUCUACAGGUUCACAUCCAGUUUCACAGCACCAAGUACAGGUGUCGAAACUGUCCUUACGUUACACUCGGCAAAAACCACGCGAAACUUCAUAUCUUAUGGCACAGAGGGCACACAUAUAUUUGUGAUCACUGUGGAGAAAAGUUUAGUAAUCGCAACGCAUACCUUACCCACGUGCGUUUAAAGCACCGUUCAGACUGGGUGUGUGGAUUCUGCGCGAGCACCUUCGUUUCCCAACUAGGCCUGAUGCAGCACAAAAGUUACCACCAUGGAAGUCAAGACGAAAAGAAGGAAAUUGACGAAAACCCGGAUGCCCCUCACUGCGCUGAGUGCGACAUGAAGUUCGCUAACACAGAAGCGUUUAAGAAGCAUUUCCUUACUGCUAGGAAACACGAAGAAACUGCGCAGAAAACGAUUGGUUGUCGCGAAUGUGGUGAGACCUUCAGUACGAAGGAGGAGCGCCGACAACAUGCGCAAGCGCAUCAGAGCAGAUACGCGCCAGGGUACAAGCCGUGUGCGCCACCUGCCCCUGCUACCUACCCUCGGCUGCGCACAGAUGCCCCCUACCACGAAACACCGCCCAUGGUUUGGCCUAAUAAGUGUCCACUUUGUUCGGAGAUGAUAGCGAGCGCACGCAGUCUGUCAGCUCAUUUUCGCACCGUACACCCGCACGACGAGUACGUCAAAGAGAAACCACACGUUUGCCACGUCUGUGGAUCGAGGCUGCAGACUAAAUACAGUCUCGAAGCGCACAUGCUGAGCCAUUUAAAGGACAAGCCGUUCAAGUGCAGUCACUGCGGGCGGGGCUUUAACAGCGCCGGCUGCCGCGCCAGCCACGAGAGCACCGUUCACUCGGAGCUUCGCCCUCACGAAUGCUCCCUCUGCCAUCGCACCUUUAAAAAGAAGGCCACGCUUAAGGCCCACUUUAUGACGCACACCGGUGAGAAGCCCUACCGUUGCGAGAUCUGUGGUCAUGCGUUCACACAGUCCAACAGUUGUAAGAGUCACAUAAGAAAAGUACACGGAGAAUUACCGCCACGAAUACUCACUAGAACUAGGCACACCUACUGA